GACCCUCGCUUCUCAAAGGGAGGAAACAGCAAAAUUAAAAGAAGGCGACGCUAAAAAGAAAAAAAAAAUAGUCUUCUGAGGAAAACGAGGCGUAGAAGAAAGAAAGAGAAACAAAGAAGAGAAGAGAAGACCGCCAUCUUUUCUAAGAGGAUACCAAUCUUCUCAUAAAGGAGCGAGGAGUCUUCUUCCUCAAUAACCCACACCCUCUUAUCACCAGAAAAGAAAAAUUUUCAUUGUUCAUCAAUGGAUUCCUCAGACAAAAUGAGAAGUGAAACCAAAAACAAUAAACCCCCGGGUGUUCGAUUUAUAGAGUACACCAGGGGGGCUCCCAUCUCCUUCAGAGGAUACCAAGCCGCGGUUCUAGUGUUGACAUUCUUCGCUUAUGCUAGCUAUCACGCCACUAGAAAAACCACGAGCAUCGUCAAGAGCGUCCUCGAUCCAAAAACAACACAAUUGGGAUUCACGCACUGGUCAAGAUCUUAUUUUCUCGGGUCGAGCAGCAUUGAAGAGCAAAAUACGGGAUUAACGGCGGGUUGGGCUCCAUUUGAUCGUUCAGGUGGAACUGCAAUGUUGGGGCAAAUAGAUGUGGCUUUUCUUGCAGUAUACUCCUUUGGGAUGUAUUUUGCUGGGCAUUUAGGCGAUCGGGUUAAUCUAAGAAUCCUUCUCACAAUCGGAAUGGUGGGUUCGGGUUUGUUCACUGCCCUAUUUGGGGUCGGUUACUGGCUAAAUGUACAUAGUUUCUACUACUUCUUGGCGGUUCAAAUGUUGGCGGGUAUGUUUCAGUCGACAGGAUGGCCUUCAGUAGUGGCAGUUGUUGGAAAUUGGUUCGGAAAGAGUAAGAGGGGACUGAUUAUGGGGAUUUGGAAUGCACAUACUUCAGUCGGCAAUAUCGCUGGUUCUUUGAUCGCGGCGGGAUUGUUGAGAUAUGGGUGGGGGUGGUCUUUUGCUGUUCCGGGGCUUCUGAUUGCUUUCUUUGGGUUGAUGGUGUUCUUGUUCUUGCCUGUUAGCCCUGAGACGAUAGGGAUUCAGGAGGAGGAAGAUGAGGCUCCGAAGUCCUUUGAGAAGGAUGGGCCAAUGGCGCCCCUUUUGGAGGCAGAGGGAGGGAAGGAGGAUAAAGCUGUCGGCUUUAUUGAGGCGUGGAGGAUUCCAGGGGUUGCUCCGUUUGCUCUGUGUCUGUUUUUCUCGAAAUUGGUGGCGUAUACAUUUCUCUUCUGGCUUCCGUUCUACAUCAGCCACAUAGCAAUAGAUGGCGAGUACUUAUCAGAUUCGACGGCUGGCAACCUCUCGACCCUGUUCGACGUGGGCGGCGUAGUCGGCGGCAUCCUCGGCGGCCAACUGAUCUCGGCGACCGCGCUCGGGGCCCGCGGACGGGAUGCCAGGGCCGCAAGCUUCAUGUACCUCGCAAUCCCGUCCCUCUUCCUCUACCGCUCCUACGGCGGCCUCGUCCUGCAACUGGACGUCGGCGCUGAUGUUCCGUCCCAGCCGGGAAAUGUUCGUCAAUGGCCGUAUGCUCUGAUCACAACCGCAGUCUCUGCCGAUCUGGGGACCCACAGCUCUUUGAAUGGAAAUUCAAAGGCGCUGGCGACGGUGACGGCGAUUUAUAGACGGACCGGUGUCGUGGGGGCCGCGAUGGGCCAGUUGCUGACGGGGUACAUAUCGGCCAAGAGCUGGGGUGCCGUGUUUUCGAUGUUUGAUGGCGCUGCCUUUGUGGCUGGGCUGUUGUUGACGGGGCUUGUUGUGGCUGAGGUCUCCGCCGAAAUUUGAGGCCGCGAGGGCGCGCGAGGUUGCCGGUGCUGCGGUUGUGGCUGAAGUGGUGUAGAUGGAUGUUGUGAGGGGUGUGCAUGCAUCCCUCUGUUGUUCAUUUUUUGUGCAUUGGGGGGGGACCGGUGGUGGUGGUGGUGGUUUUGAAAUCGGAGGGCCUACGGAAUAUACUUGGGGGGUUGCGAAGAGAAAGCCGGCAAGGGUGUUGGCUGAUAUUGAUUCUGUCCUCAAAAGGGUUUAUUAAAUAGUGAUUUCUUUGUGGGGCUGCUCUCUCGCUUUCUCUCCUGAGAGCAAGGACCACACUUUCAGAGAGUCUGUAAAUUAUGCUAGGAGCUUAAUAAAAGUAAAUAUUUAUAGGAAAAGGAAUGAUCGCCGCACUUGUGUGCUUGCUUGUAACACCACUAAUUUAAGUAAAGAUGAAUUGUCACAGUUA